AUGUAAAAUUACGAGUUAAGGUAGCGAUCGGGAGAAAUUCUUGAUGAAACCAUAAUAACCUAUAAGGUAUAAUUGUUCAUUCAAUGCAGAAAUCUAAGAGAUGAAGAUAAUGAGACCAUGUGUAAUCCAUAAUGCUGUCUUUCUUGGAAACCAGACAAUAUAGAGCAAGUAUGGUAACUUUUAGAUAAAACUGAUGCUAAAAUUAAUGAAUCAAACCCAUAAUUUGAGAAACCAUUCUAGCUAGACUUCUAGUUUGAUAAAAUUCAGCCUUUAAAAUUUACUAUACAAGAUAAACUUGGAGAAUAUAAAUAUGAGAAUCUAUGUUCCUUUGAAACAACAUUAGGUGCUAUCCUUGGCUCAAAGAAUCAGAUAUUGACAAAAGAUUUGAAAAUAGAAGGUGUUAAAAAUUCUAGAAGUUGUAUAUCAAUUAGAGCUGAAUCAAUUAAGGAUGCAAAUUGGGACUUAACUUUAAAGUUAGCUGGUAAAAAUCUACCUCAUAAUACAUCAUGCAUUGUAUUCCCUAACAAUUAGGUGUUCUUAGAGAUAUACAAAGGCAGUAAAAUUGAUUCCAAGUAAAAGACAAAGGUCUAUCACAGCGAUAUCGCACUCGGCACGAAUAGUCCAGUUUAUCAGCCUUUCAAGCUAAGCGGCAAAUAGCUGUGUGAUUCUGAUAGAACUAUGCCUAUUCAUUUCAUAUUCAAGAAUAGAGUAGGCCUAGAUGAUAAAUUAGUAGGAAGUUGCUGCCUCACUCUAUAAGAAAUAAUCUAAAGAAAGGAAUUUUAACUAAAAAAUACUUAAACAAAUGCAUUAGCUGGGGAAUUGCAUAUUCAUUAAUUUAUUCUAGUUGAUCAGCCUUCCUUUGUGGAGUAUCUUAGAGGCGGAUGGUAAAUUACUUUCUAACUAGGUAUAGAUUUCACAGAUAGCAAUGGUGAUGCCAAGGAUUACGAUUCUCUCCAUUCAAUUAAGGAGUUUAAUUAGUAUGAAUAAAUUAUGACCUAGAUUGGGAAGAUCCUAGAAGCAUUUGAUUAAGAAAAACUUUUCCCUGUAUUUGGAUUUGGAGCAGCACCAUUGUUUCAAGGCACCAGAGAAGAAGUUGAUAUAUUCCCACUGAACGGAAACACAGUAAAUCCUGAGAUAUUUGGAAUAGAAGGUAUAUUAGAAUAUUACAGGCAAAAUCUUAAUGGCAUUAAACAAGGAGAACAUACAAAAAUUGCUAAUCUUUUGAACACAAUGAUAGAUUUGGCAAAGGUUAAAGUCUAAUAACAAAUCUAUCAUGUGCUUUUGAUUCUAAUAGAUAGUAACAUAGAAGAUAUUUAGAUAGUAAAAGAUUUGAUAGUUCUAACUUCUUCUUUGCCCAUCAGUCUUGUAUUUAUUGGAGUGGGUUAUGAUAGUUUCAAAGCAAUGAAGUAACUUGACUCCAAAGAAGCUAUUAUAAAAGACUAUAAAGGGUCAUACCCUGCAAGAGAAAACUCGAUAUUUAUUAAAAGUCAGAAAUUUCUAGGUCAAGCUCCUGGGCUUUUCGCCGAAAGAGCAUUGAGGGAAAUUCCUAAUCAUUUCUUGAACUAUAUGAUGUAUAAGGGUAUCAAACCCAGUGUAUUUGGCUCUUGA